AGUAAUAAUGAUGGAAAAAGAUAAAACAUCACGCAAAACCUAAAAAGAAAGUCGUCUGGUUGUCGUGUGCUGCUCUCUCCUCAAAUAGUUUUGCCAAAGUUUUCACGUCAUUUUUUUUACCCCCACUCUCCUUCGUAUCAUACUAUAUUAGUACAACGAGUACCCACCUCUCUCUUUCACCUAACCACCCUUCUCUACUCUCUCCCCAUUGAUAAAAAUGUCAGUCAACCAUUACUCCACGGACAACCACCACACUCUCUUCUGGCAGAACCUCCACACCACCGACACAUCGGAGCCAACCACAACCGCCGCCGCAUGGCUCAGUGAAGACCAGAAAGAGUAUCUCUUCGAGAAAUCUCUCACACCCAGCGACGUUGGCAAGCUCAACCGUCUCGUCAUACCAAAACAGCACGCGGAGAAGUACUUCCCUCUCAACACAACCAUCUCCGAUAAUGCUGAUGAGAAAGGGACGCUUCUAAGCUUCGAAGACGAGUCAGGCAAGUGCUGGAGGUUCAGAUACUCUUACUGGAACAGCAGUCAAAGCUACGUGUUGACUAAAGGAUGGAGCAGAUACGUCAAAGACAAACAGCUCGAUCCAGCCGAUGUUGUUUUCUUCCAACGGCAACGUUCUGAUUCCCGGAGACUCUUUAUUGGCUGGCGUAGACGCGGUCAAAGCUCCUCCUCCGCCGCGAAUCCAACUUCGUAUUCUAGUUCCAUGACUGCUCCACCGUAUAGUAAUUACUCUAAUCGUCCUGCUCACUCAGAGUAUUCCCACUAUGGCGCCGCCGUAGCAACAGCGACGGAGACGCACUCCAUACCAUCGUCUUCCGCCGUCAGGAGCUCGAGGACGGUGAGGCUUUUUGGUGUGAAUUUGGAAUGUCAAAUGGAUGAAGACGACGGAGAUGAUUCGGUUGCCACGGCAGCCGCCGCUGAGUGUCCUCGUCAUGACAGCUACUACGGCCAAAACAUGUACAAUUAUUACACUCCUCAGCCUCAUAACAUGGAGGUUCAGAAGCGACCCGUAAUCCGCACGUGGUUUCCGUUUGCCCAAAGACCCGUACUCCGCACGUGGUUUCCGAUUGCCAACCAUCUAAUCCCCCUGGUCCGGAACCAGCCGGCACUAAUACCCAUUACCCAAGGACCCGGCACCAACGCCGCGUUAACUUUAAACUUUGGGUGGGCGUAAAGCAUUCCGUAGUCACGGAAGGUAUUCGAACUCGGAUCCGUAUCGGUUGUGGUAACUACCUCAAGACCACUAGUCCACCACCUCGUGGUUUUUCUUCUGAAAGAUGAAAUUGGAAACUGAUGAGAUUAAUAUAGAAAAAGUGGGGCCAACCAAAUGAUAAUUUAUUUUUAUUUUUAUUGGAGUUACUUUUUUUUUAUCAACUAUUGGAGUUAUGUUUUUAACUAGCUUCUUCAAAUAGUUUCUCUUGCAA